AUGUUAACAGAUGAAAUACUUAACGAAAAUCAUCACCUUGAUAUUCCUCAAUCAACAAUUGAGCUAGAGAUUGCGGCAUUAGUUUCUGAUCUCGAGAAAAAAAUUGGUUUCAAGAAGGAUCAACCAUUUGAUCCUGAUAUUCAUUUAAUAUUCAGUGAUGAAGCUUUCUUAAAAACUGAAAAGCACACUUUAACAGAACUAGGAAUCAACAAAACUCAUUGUCCUCACAUUACAGAUUUGGCAGGUACUCAGCCUUUCCCUCUUUUCUCAGAAGAAGCAAUUGAUAUUAUGAAAUGGGAAAUAUUCCAUGACCCUGAAUUUCUAAAGGAAUUUGGAAGGGUGAGUGUAUUUGGUAAAGAUAUUAGUCGCCUUGAUUUUCAAAUUUCUGGAUUUGCUCAUAAAACCAGGUUUAUUCGAGAAGCUUGGAGACAUCCUAAGACAAUGGAGAUUAUGCACAAAAUCGCAGGAAUAAAAUUGAAAAUUCCUCAUGUGUUCUCCGAGGGUCUGGUAAAUGCUUCACUAGUGCAUAUCAAUGACAGAGACAAGAAGGUGGAUAGUAAGGAAGAGUUGAUCGAAUUGAAAAGGCAACAAGAUAACUCCAGCUCCGAAAUACCAAGCACCCUUUAUUGGCACUAUGAUAGCCCACCAUUUGUUUUAGUACUAAUGCUAUCUGCACCAGAAUGUAUGGUUGGAGGUGAAACGGCAAUUAAAACUGGCAAUGAAUCUAUUUUCAGGAUUCCGAAUCCUAAAGUAGGUUAUGCUACAUUUCUACAAGGAAGAGUAGUUAAACACAUUGCCACAAAACCUCUCAACAGUUGCGACAGAAUUUCAUAUGUGGUUAGUUUCAUCCCUGAAGAUAUCAACGUACCUGAUACAACAGUCUGCACUUCAGAAAAGCCAUCCGCCGCACCCACAUACACCAAUGACAAAUUCUAUCCCAAUUGGGUUAACUAUAGAUUUGAAAGACUUGAAAAGCGCAUGCAAAAGUUUAGAGAAAGUGUAAUGAAUAAUUAUGAGAACAACAAGAAAUUUGAUCAAAUGCGAACAAUUGAGUUCUGUAAAGAUAUAGAACAGUACUUGAAGGGAACGUGGAAAGAAUUUGAAAUAGUUAAUGAUGACGUAUUUCCCCCAAAAUUGUUUUCAAUUCCUUAUGCAAAUUUGUAA